AUGAAGGUUUCUCGAGCGAUGUUCUUGCAUGACUUUAUUAAGAGAUAUUCUCGGGCCGUUUUAGCAACCAUCUACGCAAUUUCAAAUAGCACGUCCGCGGAUGAGAUACAAAAGGAGUCUGCUGCCGUAAUUUUGGACCACGAACAACUUCAGGCGCAAAACAGAGAUCUUGAGCAGACGCAGCUAGAGGGCGCUAAAGAGCUCGCGUCGCUGCGCGCGUGCGAGCGGGCGCGCGAGUGCCAGCAUGCAGAGCUGUGCAGCAGACACGAGCGGCAGACGGAGGAAGUGACGCGGCUACGUCACAAGCUGAGCGCGACCAUUGAGGGACGCUGCGAGGAGGACCGCGUCUGGCAGGAGAAGCUAGUGCAGCUGAAGCAGUGCAGAGAGAAAGUCGGAUCGUUGGAAGCCGAUGUGAAGAGGCUCGAGUUGGACAACUCGUAUUUCCGCCACCAGGUGGAGCUGAUGCAGGAGGAUGACGAGCGGCGCCACCUUGAUUGUUCGGCGACGGAGUCUGCGAACGAGGCGGACCCGCCGGCACGCUACGCAGAACACGACCGUCAGGUGAAACAGCUGAGUGAGAGAGAAGUCAUCUCCCUGCAGGAAAAGAUGGAGGAACUGGUGGUGGCGGGAAGGGAGAAGGAAGCCUCUCUGCAGCAGAAGAUGGAGCAGCUGGUGGUAGAAGGGAGAGAGAAGGAAGCCUGUUUGCAGGAGAAGAUAGAACAACUGCUGGUAGCAGGAAGGGAGAAGGAAACCUCUCUGCAGGCGAAGAUGGAGGAACUAGUGGUAGAAGGGAGAGAGAAGGAAACAUCUCUGCAGGUGAAGAUGGAGGAGCUGGUAGUAGCUGGGAAAGAGAAGGAAGCUUCCCUACAGGAGAAAAUAGAGGAGCUGCUAGUGGCAGGAAGAGAGAAGGAAGCCUCACUGCAGGAGAAGGAAGCCAAGGUCGCGGAAUCCCAGGCCAAGGUCACAGAAUAUGAGGCCAAGGUCGCAGAGCAUGAGGCCAAGGUCACGGAGUACAAGGUCAAAAUCGCAGAGUAUGAGGUCGCGGUUGCAGAUUACGAGGUCAAGGUUGCCGAGUGCGAGGCCAAGGUCAUGGAAUCACAGGCCAAGGUCACAGAGAUUGAGGCCAAGGUCACCGAGUAUGAGGCCAAGGUCACGGAAUUCCAGGCCAAGGUCGACGAGUACGAGGUCAAGGUCGCGGAGUGCGAGCGCCGUGAGACGGAGCUGAGCUGCCGGCUGCUGCAGACGGACGACGACCACCGCGUCACGACGCAGCAGCUACUGGACGCGGCCGCCGAGCAGUGCCACGAGGACGCGCGGCGCCAGUCUAAGAUCAAGGUGCUGGAGAGGAACGAGUUUGAGCUGACGGAGCAAGUGACCGAGCUGGAGCUCGAAAUCGCGCAGACGAAGGAGGCAGCAGGGGGCGCCACGGCGGUGCGCCGCGACGACAGCAGCGACGCGGACACCGACGCCACAGUCACCGCCGAGGAAACCGAGAACGGCGAAGCCCCGAUCGAACACGGGGACAAGGAGCACAACGGGAAGCAGAGCGCCAUGGAGACGGAUGCUCGGUUGGCGGAGGCGCGCGUCGCGUCGCUGGAGGCUCAGCUGGCUGGAUGUUCGCAGCAGAUAGCAGAGCUUCAGCGCAAGGAGCUGCGGAUGCUGCUGAGGCUGCGCAAGUUCCGCCAGCUCAAGCAGGACAUGGUCAGCUACGAGCGACUGCAGAAGAAGCUGGCCAGCGUCGAGCAGUCUGAGGCGGACACGCGCGUCGCCAUGGAGACGAUGCGGGUGAAGAUGGAGGAGACGCAGCAAGAGGAGGCGGACGCGCACGUCGCUAUGGAGACGAUGCGGGUGAAGAUGGAGGAGAUGCAGCAGGAGGAGGCGGACGCGCGCGUCGCCAUGGAAACGAUGCGGGCGAAGAUGGAGGAGAUGCAGCAGGAGAGAGCGAGUAUGAAAGAGGCUGCGAGAGAGAGAGUUGAUGACGAGGGUGCUGAUUCCCGUAGUCAAGCUAGUAAGCGGUCGUUGUCACUGGCUCCCGGUGUGACAGCCAAGCUGACGUACUUGGAGCGUAAGAUCUGUAGUCUGGUCGACAGCGAGACGACGCUAACCGAUCGCGUGGCCGAGCUAGAGACGACCGAGGCAUGCCUGAGACAUGAGCUAGAGAAACAUCAACAGUCAGUCGAGAUGAAGGAACACCUGAGACAGGAACUAGAGAAACAUCAACAGUCAGUCGAGAUGAAGGAACACCUGAGACAGGAACUAGCGACGCUGACAGAGGAACGGCAGAGACUCGUGGCGGCGGCAGCGGACCGCCAGGGGGCGCUGGACGCGGCGGCGGAGCGGCAGUGCGAGCUGGAGACCGAGAAUGCGUCUCUCAAGGACGCCGUGAAACAAGUGAGCAUCGCCCGCGAUGACGCCGCCCGCCAGCUGCGCGACGAACUCACGACGACGCAGAGCCACCUGGCGAUGCUGCAGCAUGCCGAGCGACGUGCGCACGACCUCGAAGAGAGCGUGGGGGCGCUGCAGUCGGCCGCGCUCAUUCUCGAGCGACAAGAGAACAUCUACAAGUCCCACAUCGGCGACCUGGAGGCGAGCGUCGACGCGUUGCGCGCCGAGAUGGACGCCGCAACCGCCGCGCUGCAGGGAGCGACGGACGCGCGCACCGCGCGUCACCCGUCUAGCCUCUACAGUGACGAGCAGCUGCACGAGAAGGUCGCCGAGCUCGUCGAGCUCGAGACGUCGCUACGGCAACGCAUCCACGAGCUGCAGCAGAAGGAGGCUGCGUACCGGACGACGCUCGCCGAGGCCGACUCGCUGCUGCGGGACGCCGCCGACGGCUACCGCACGCAGAUCUCGGAACUCGAGACGUCCGAGCGCGCUCUCAAAGAACGCGUCGCCGCGCUCGAGCGCAACGAGGCGCGCCUCCAGGGGGCGCUGCGCCGCGACUGGGGCAGCGACGACAAGUCGCGCAUCUGCGAGCUGCAGCAGCGCAACCUGCAGCUGGAGAUCGGCGAGCGGAGGCUGCGCGAACGAGUGCUCGAGCUGCAGCGUGCCGAGACCGAGCUGAAACACCAGGUGGCGCUGGCGAGCGAGCGCGAGCGGCGAGCCGACGCGGACCGCAGCGCCGCCGGCGAACUCUAUGAGCGGAUGCACGCGCUUGAGCUCAACGAGGACGAGCUGCAGAAACAAGUGAGCGUGCUCGAGAUGCAGGAGGCCGCGCUGCGCGAGACGCUCGCCCAGGCCGACCGCAUCGUCGCCGAACGAGAGCGUGCCCUGGUGGCGAGAAUUGGCGAGCUGGAGGCGGUGGAGGCGGAGAGCGAGCGCGCAAUGGUCGUGAUGACCGCGGCCACAGCCGACGCCCGGCGAAGCGAGGAGGAGACGAGGGAGAAGCUGGAGGAAGCCGAGGAGCGGGAGCGGGAGCUACGGCAACGGGAAGAUGCUGCGAGUGCAGAGAAGCAAGAGGAAGCCACAGAGAAGGAGCGGGCGAUGCGAACCCUCGAGGAGAAGCUGGAGAAGGCGGAGGAGAAGCUCUCGCAGCAGACGGCGGAAUUCGCCGGCGUCGAGGACCAGCUCCGCGAGGAGGUCAACGAGCUCCGCAACCAGGUCAGGGGUCAAAAGUCGGAAGUCGCGCGGCUCGAGAGCGGGCGGCGCGGGAACGCGGCGAGGACGCGCAAGAUCGCCGACGACAAGAUGGCGCUGGAGCGGCAAGUUGCCGAACUCGAGAACAUCAACCGCGACAUGGUGCGGCGAUACGAGGCGGCCGCCGCAGAGGGCGCCACCGCCGCCGAGCGCCAGCGCGAGCUGGAGGCGCGCGCCUUUGACCUUGAGAAGGUGAACGCGUCGCUGAGACAGCAGGUCGAAUACGCGGCGGGUCAGGAGCGUCUGCUCACGGUCAAGGUCGCAGACCUGGAAGAGAAGGUCGCGGAGGCGGGAGAGGAGAGGGAGGAGCUGGAGAGGAUGCGGACCAACGUGAUACGCAGCGAGGCCAACGCGGCGUCCGACGCCGUAAAGCUGAACAAGCUGGAGAGGUUGGAAGGAGAACAGGAGCACCUGCGAAUGUCAGCACAGCAGCUGCAGCGUGACCGCGAUUGCCUCGAGCAGCAGAGGCAGGAACUCGAGGCAGACCUGGACCGAGCGACCUGGGAGCGAGACGAUGCCUCGCAGCGAUGUGAGACGGCCGAGACAGAGGCGAGACAGUUCAAGAAGCUUGCGGAGAUACUCGAGGCAGCGAGGGAGAAGGUCACGAGGGAAGUGAAGCAACUGAGUGCGGAUAAACAGAGAGCGGAGGAAUUACUGAAGCGUGCGACAACUGAUGAUGCAAAGCUAGUAAAGGACCAGUCAGAGAGCAGCAGCACGCUGGUACAACGACUACCUCAGCUGCCAUCAGCAGUGGCAGCAGCCAACUCUUCACAACUAACCCAACCUAUAGAGGCGGUCUCUGGCGAUGACACAGAGACCGCAGUAGAUGUAGCUUUGACCCCUAUUCGACCCACUGACGACGAUGCCUCGGGAUGCCUCAGCCAGGCUGCCCUAGCAGGCCCACCGUCAGUGGAUGAGCAGCCUAGUGCUGAUUUUUAUGAAGGUGUUGCGGGAUCGGGCGUGCAGCAGCUAGGCGGAGGCUGUUGCCGUGACGACCGCGAUGCGAAAACGACGAGAGUUACCCCCGGGCGGACGGAUGACACAUUUGCAGAAAACGUGUCUGAGAGCAAAGUCAGGAUGGAGCCUGACACGGGUGAUCUGUCAGGUGGACAGAUCGGAGCGAAGUCUGACGCAACAGACGGCAAAGAUUCCCCAUCAUGCGAACUUGCAGCAGCUGGUGGCGCGAGUGCCACAAGCUCGACGGCCAGCCUGGCGUCUACACCACCUCUACCUCCCUGCUCACCUCCUACAAACGUGUCACGGUCGGGCAGCAGCUCAUCUGCUGACUGGGUCACCGUGGCAACGGACGCCGCAGCGCCGCAGCAGCAAGCUUCCGCGGGUUUCACGCGGGGGCAGCAUCAGCAGCGGCCUGCGACGCGGAUACCAACGAUGGUGCGGGCCGGAGCCAAGCUCCCCUCGCCCACGGCAACGCAGCAGUACAAGGCCGCGCUGAAGAGAAGGGAGGAGGAGGCUGCAGAACUGCAGCAGAUGAUUAAGAAGAUGAAGGAGGUGGCGAGUCAGGAUCGCUUUGAGCUUGACGUUAAGAAGCGAGAGGUGAGAGACUUACAGAGAGAUCUGAAGAAGCUAAGCAAGAUUAUGCGCCAGAGAAACGAUGAAGGUGCAAUAGUGAGUGCGCUACAAAGUCAGGUGGAGAACACGCAGCUGGAGCUUGAGAGCAUGAGAGCGUCUGCCUCGCGCGGGGAGUUACUGGACUGUGGCGCCACCGCACAGCUUGACGCGCUGAAAGAGGAGCACGAGAACGCACUGCAGGAGUUGCAGGCGGAGGCAGACAGGUGGCGUCAGGGUUGCGACGCGGCGGAGGCGGGCCGAAGGAAAGCAGAGGACACGGUCACCUCGCUGUGGUCUCAACUCAUCGAGCUUCAGACGACCGCCACCAAGUACAAGCAGCUGCAGACGCAGCAUGACCAGCUGCAGGAAGAGAUGAAGGAGCUGGCCGCCAGGGAGCGCCACGCGUCAGACGAGAUCGCUCAGCUGGAGGAGUCGUGCGCGACGCUGCGAGGCCGUCUCGCGCGCGAGGAUGAGGGACGCAGCGAAGCCGACGCCCUGCGCAAGAAAUUCACCACCGUAGAGGACGAACUAAAUAAAAGAAAACAAAAAGAAGAAGCAUAUAUAGAGGAAAUUAAUCAAUUGAAACAGAAGGUUGACUCCCUCAACGAACUAAGCACAAAACUGGAAGGCAUGGAGAAGGAGCACGCUAACCUACGAGAGAAGUAUGAGGAGGUUGAGAAGAGAAAGCUAUCACCCACAUACUUGCAUCACAUACAUGCAUGGAUGAACGUUAACCCUUUCCCCCUAUUGUUACAGUAUGAGGAGGUGAGAAGAGAAAGCUAUAACCCACAUACUUGCAUCACAUACAUGCAUGGAUGA